AAAUAAUAAGAAAUGAAGAAUCUCACCAAGUCACCUACCUCUCUUCCUCCCCCUCAAUAGACCUUCUGAUCUUUUAUAUAAGAACUUUCUUCAACUGUCAAAACCCACAAAACUAGAGACUAGAGAGCUUCUUUUUUUCUUUUUCAUAGAACAGAAUGCAUAAGAAGCUUAGGCAAUGCCAUGUUCUCUUGCUUUCUCUGUUUUGUUCGUCUUCUUUGGCCUCUUCAUUGAGCCAAGUUAACCUAUUCAACCAAGCCAAGAACUAUGAGGGCUCCUCUGAUUUAGUAGACCUUCAGUACCACAUGGGGCCUGUUCUGGCUGGACCUGUCAACUUGUACAUUAUCUGGUAUGGUCGAUGGAACCGAAACCACCAAGCUACUAUUAGAGAUUUCAUCUAUUCCCUCUCUUAUUCAUCUCCUUACCCUUCUGUUUCUGAUUGGUGGAGGACAGUCCGUCUUUAUACAGACCAAACAGGAUCGAAUGUCACUGGAAACAUUGUCCUGUCAGGGGAGUUCUAUGACUAUAGAUACUCUCAUGGUCGUUAUCUAAGUCGUUUGGCGAUGCAAUCCAUCAUCAAAUCUGCAGUCACUGCCCAUCCAAGAGCUUUACCUCUCAAUCCUCACAAUGGUCUCUACUUAGUGCUGACUUCUGGUGAUGUUCAAGUUCAAGAUUUCUGUAGAGCAGUUUGUGGUUUUCACUACUUCACAUUUCCGACCAUAGUUGGUGUCACUGUGCCUUAUGCCUGGGUUGGUUAUAGCGGAACUCAAUGUCCUGGUAUGUGUGCUUAUCCAUUUGCAUGGCCUAAGUAUUCAGGGAAGCCACCGCCAAGCACUAACGGAGGCAACAACAUAAUGAGAGCCCCAAACGGAGAUCCUGGUGUAGACGGAAUGAUCAGUGUGCUUGCUCAUGAGUUAGCAGAAGUGUCAAGUAAUCCAUUUAUCAAUGCAUGGUAUGCAGGAGAUGACCCUACCUCGCCAACCGAGAUAGCAGAUUUAUGCCUGGGCGUGUAUGGGACUGGUGGGGGUGGAGGUUUUGUGGGGAAAGUGAAUAAAGAUUCUUGGGGAGAUGGGUACAAUGUGAACGGAGUGAAAGGGAGGAGGUUCCUGGUGCAAUGGGUAUGGAACCCUGUGAAAAGGAGAUGCUUUGGGCCCAAUGCCAUUGAUUAGAAGUGUGCUAAAUGUCCAUGAUUUCCAAUAAUUUCCAGCUCUUCCCCUUGCUUUUGACAUCUGGAAAGGCAGGAUAAGGCUUUGAGUGCAGAGCAUGCACGGGAAUCUGACGAGCAAGCAGGCAAGAUAGGCCUGCUUUGAUGAUAGAUAUCCGCUUAUCAGAGACAAGAUACUUCGCUUGUUGGAUGCAUAGCUACGAAACAUAUCACUAUUUUAACUUUUUAAGGCAUUGUUUGGAAAACCUAAAGUUUAAAUGAGGCGUAACACAUUUUUUUUUCUUUUUGCCUUUAGAAUGUUGACCUCGUUUAAAGGCAUCAUCUAAUGAUCAAAAGGUCAAUCUGCCUCUCAAACAAGUCUGUAAUUGUAAUGCCUUCUCCACUCAUUUGUAAUUGUCUUCCUACAAGAUCGAGUGAUCCCUGGUUGAUUUUCAGUGUUAAUAAAGGGCUCAAAUCAUGGAUUCAA